CUCCGGAGUCACGUGUGCAGCUCCGCUCUGGUCCCUCUUGUCUCGCCGUGGAGGCUCAGAGCAGCUGCCGUCUCAUCACGAUAUAGUCACAUUUUCGGUUCAGUCAGAGAAUGAGCGAUAACGAUGACAUCGAAGUCGACAGCGACGAAGAAUCCUCGAGGUUUCACCCAGUGGCAGACAAGCGGGCACACCACAAUGCACUGGAGCGCAAGCGCAGGGACCACAUCAAAGACAGUUUUCACAGUUUACGUGACUCCGUGCCUUCUUUACAAGGAGAGAAGCACUCUAUUAAACAGGCUUCCCGAGCACAGAUUCUAGAUAAAGCCACAGAAUACAUCCAAUACAUGCGCCGGAAGAACCACACACACCAGCAGGACAUUGACGACCUGAAGAAACAGAACGCUCUACUGGAGCAGCAGGUCCGUGCUCUGGAAAAGGCCAAGGGGAACGUGCAGCUCCAGGCAAGCUACUCCUCAGACAGCAGCUUGUACACCAACCCCAAGGGCAGCGCCGUGUCAGCCUUCGACGGAGGCUCUGACUCCAGCUCAGAGUCAGAGCCUGAAGACCCGCCCACCAGGAAGAAGCUCCGUGCGGAGCCCAGCUAGAUCUACCCCACCCCUCCCAGCACCAGGAGACCUCUGUUCAGACUCUCUGCUCUGUCGUCCUCCUUUCUGUCUUGCCCUCCACCAUCCGUUCCUCCCGCUUUCCCCUUGUUUGUGCGUUUAGAAACUGGGGGAGGGUCCCAAGAAAGGCUCUGAAGUCUCUGCCUUUCAUCCCCCAACUCCGCACACGGAUGAAGCCCAGCCACACACUCCUCCGAAGCGUGGCAGCUCGACAGUUAAAGACUGCAAUUACCUUUUGUAACCUCCUCAAUAGUCAUGCACAAAUUACAUUAAGCUACAAAACAGCCCUGUAUUGUUAUUUCUCAAGUGAGCCUGUUUGGAGACGUGAGGAGGAAAACGGUCAAUUAAAAAAGUUUACCUUUGUAAGAUUUGUACUUUUCCACAAAAAAAUAUGAUGGUGCUUUUAUUAAAAAAAAAAAGGUAGUAUGUGGCCAUGCAACCCACUUCACUGGUAUAGAAGACUGAUGUUCUCCCCUUUUUGGAAAAUGUUUGUUGCAAAAUUUGUUUAUUUAAUGUAACAUUGAGGCUUUAUUCUGUUAUUGUGUAGUACGUUGUUUUGCCUGAGAUUGUAAGUGGAAUUAGAUGGCCUCUACUCUUACGCAUCCUCACCUCAUAGUUUUGGGACUUCUGAUUUUUGAUUUGCUGCGCCAAAUGAGGACAACUUUUAAUACAGGUAAUAUUCCCUGCAGGAAUUUGAAUGUUACACAGUGCAGUUCUAAGGCAGUUAUAUAUUUUCCUUCUUAAGUACAGGUAAGUAUGUCCAUUUCAGUAUGUAGUACAUGGCACUGUAUACUCUUAAAUGUAAUCGUCUCAACCGAAUAACCUUCCCUGGAAAUCUUUGCCUGGCUAGGGAAUGUUUCUCUUUUCAGUUGUUUCAUUUAAAAGAGAUAGUGUGUAUGAAAUAGAUAUUGCUUUUAUUCCAUUCCAUGGAAAUUACAGGUAUGUUGUACAUACUGCCAACAGUUGUCUUGCAAGUUGAGGCAUACCUUUACUAUGAGACUACAAAUAAACUAUUUUAUCCUUA